AGAGAGAUCAUGGCGGGUGCGGCGAAGGCGUCAUGGACGGUGGCGAUGAGCGUGGGCGCCGUGGAGGCGCUCAAGGACCAGGCCGGGCUCUGCCGCUGGAACUACGCGCUCAAGUCCAUCCACAGGACCGCCAAGGCCAGAGUAAAUGUCCACGGUGGCGCCUCACAGAGCACGAAGCAGCUUCCGGCGUCUGCUGCAGCGGUAGCGGAGAGGCGGCGAGCGGAGAAGGCCGAGGAGGGGCUGAGGACCGUCAUGUACCUCAGUUGCUGGGGUCCCAAUUAGUGGUAGCUAGCAUGAGGUGUUUCUGCAGUUCUGCUAGCUCUAUCAUCCAGCAACAACCAUGCCGUGUGACUCGGCUGGUUAAUUCCCUCACGAUUGUAAAUAUGUCUCACCAUGAUGAUGAUGAUGAUGAUGAUGAAAUCUUCCCCCA